UCGAGGUGAAGAUGCACCCGGGCUCCAAGGACGCAACCAAGCUGCAAGUCACCGGCAUUCAAGCAGGCGCUUCCUGGCAGGACCUGAAGGAUCACUUCAGGUCUUGCGGCAACGUGAUUUCCGCAGAUACCACGCCCUUUGUGCCGGGAGAGCAGAUCACCGGGGAGGUGCGCUUCAUGGACCCUCAGCAGACGAUGCAGGCGCUGACCACGCUGAACGGCAGCUUCCUCGGGACCUCGCAGAUCUUCCUCACGCUGGAUCACGGGUCCACGGAUCAGAGCAAGCUGAACGUCACGGGAAUCAGCCCUACCACAAGUUGGCAGGACUUGAAGGACCACUUCGCCCAGAUCGGGCAGGUGGCAUUCGCCGACGUCCACAGGAGCAAGGGCGCCGGCAAGGGCGCCAAGGGCCCCGUGUUCGGCGCCAAGGGAGCGGCCGGCGCCUGGGGCGGCGGCGCUUGCGGCAAGGGCGGCGCCUGGGGCGGCGCCGGCGCCGGCGCCUGGCAGGGCGGCGGGAAGGGAGCCAGCGGAGGCGGCAAGGGCGCCGGCGGCGGCAUGGUGAGCGGCGGGCAGGCCUUCCCAAGGGUCCCUGGAGCGCUCACGGGCACAGUGCGAUACCAGACGUCCUUCGCCGCUCAGCAGGCCUCGCAGUCGCUGAACGGUGUCUUCCUCGGCUCAGGGCAGCUCACGGUG